CACAGGGUGCUGACGUGUUUCCGGCCAGCUCAGCGCGUUAGUGUUGGUAAAAACAGAGGCGAGCAGGUCAGCAGCUCCUCAGAACCUCCUCAGAAGCUCCUCACAGCUCCGCAGAACCUCCUCCACCCUCCAGAACCGCGCCUGGACCCUCAGCUGCUCUCAGCAUGGUGCUGCUGACGAUGAUCGCUCGGCUGGCGGACGGGCUGCCGCUCGCCGCGUCCAUGCAGGAGGACGAGCAGAUGGGUCGGGACCUGCAGCAGUACCAGAGCCAGGCCAAACAGCUGUUCCGCAAACUCAACGAACAGAGUCCCACCCGAUGCACCUUGGAGGCAGGAUCCGUAGCUUUUCACUACGUCAUCGAGAAAGGAGUGUGUUAUCUGGUGCUGUGUGAAGCAGGAUUCCCCAAAAAGCUUGCCUUCGCCUACUUAGAAGACCUACAAGCAGAAUUUCACGAACAGCAUGGGAAGAAAGUUCCUACUGUAUCCAGACCGUACUCCUUUAUCGAGUUUGACACGUACAUUCAGAAAACCAAGAAGUCUUACAUCGACAGCAGGGCACGCAGGAACCUGGGCAACAUCAACACCGAGCUGCAGGACGUGCAGAGGAUCAUGGUGGCCAACAUCGAAGAGGUGCUGCAGAGAGGAGAGGCUUUAUCUGCUUUAGACUCGAAGGCCAGCAACCUGUCCAGCCUGUCCAAGAAGUACCGCAGCGAUGCCAAAUACCUGAACACACGCUCCACCUACGCCAAACUGGCUGCCGGCGGAGUCUUCUUCAUCAUGCUCAUCGUUUACGUACGCUUCUGGUGGCUGUGAGGAAGAGGAAGAGGAAGAGGAGGAGGAAGAGAGGGGGCGCCGCCGCAGAUCCAGAGGACACAGCAGAUGUUCAUGAAGGAAGUGAACACGCGCUCGUCUUCCGCUGCAUGAGAACGCUCCUUCAUUCCUUCGAAGACUGACUGUUCAAUCCGGCACUUUCUCUCCCCGCAGUCCGUAGACGAAACUACGAGAUUAUGGGCCGGUUUCCUGGACUCCAGGGUUAAACCUAGUGUUGGUUUUGGUCUUAAAAUGUUAUAUUAGUUAUAUGUGAUUCAAUAAAAUACUAUUACGCCAGGUUUAGGAUUAGUUCUAGUCUAAGAAACCGGCCCGAUGUGAUUUAUUAAUGUUCUGUGUUUUAUUAACAAAUGUUGCUUGUGUUUUCUGUUAGUCAAUGGGUGGAUGUGCGAGUAAGUGAGUGAGAGUGUUGGUGGGUGUGUAUAUGGAUGAAUGGAUGGGUAGAGUGAUGGAUGAAAGGAUGGAUGGAGAUGUUUUAUGAUUGACAGUGAGAUGAGUUCAUGAUGAGCGCAUGAGUUCUUCCUGUCUCCACAAACCAGUUUAAGGAGUCUGCCCUAUUGUUGUGACCUUAACCUAAUACCUGACCCCAGCAGAUCUGAGAUCUCCCCCUAGUGGUCACUUAUAUAAAUAACUCACCCAGUUUCUCACUGUUUCAUAACCCAGCUAAGAGAAGCUAAAGGAGGAGGAGGAGGAGGAUGAUAAUGAUGUCACUGGGUGGUUUCAUCAGUAAAAUGUGUAAUACUCUCUGGUUUAUGCACAAAGUGAUUCACACGUUUCACAACUCGCUCACUCACUUAUUCCCUUACCCGCCCACUCACUCACUCACUCACUCACUCACUUACUCACUUACUCACUCACUCACUCACUGGGCCUCAGAAUGGAGUCAGUUCAGUUCGCUCUCUCCAUGUUUUUACCAGGUUCAGCAGUGAAAUAUUAAGCCACGCCCCCACAGGUUCAGACAUCAUCAGGGUGAGGUCCAAUUAGAAAUCGAAAAAUAUCUGUUGAGAACUGUUAGCUUACUGUUGCGUUCAGUGACAAUAAAGCGGUUCAAAGUUUAA